GUUAACUCUCUUGUUGUUAAAAAAAGGGGAAACCCGCGAAAAUCCAAAGUACGAAAUAUUCUAACUAGGGAUAUCACCGAAUCGCCAAAAGUCACAUUACUAUAAGUAAAAGAAAUCUAUAAACCACAACAUGGGAUUUAACAAGGAAACAUUCAUGUUGGAUAUAAAGAGGACGUUUGAGAUACUUGAAUGUCCGUUCACAAUCAACAUGGAGUUAUCAUAUAUGGAAGAACUUUUGUUGCAUCAAAGUCCUCAACGAAUGAGAGUACUAGCCUGGGUGCUUUCCCUUAUUGAUGAAGAAAUAACCGAAAAGAUUGAAAAUUACGAAUCAAAUCGAGUAAACCCAUCGAAACUUAACAUUGAUGGUCGAGUACAACUUCUUACGGAGAUUUCAUCCGAUAUUCUUGGUCUUUGUCAUGAGAAAGACUAUGAUUUAAUCAGGGGUAAAGCAUCAGAUGAAACUCAACUUGAAUUUUGGAAAAAUCUUUUAGGUAUUGUAUUGACCGUUAAUGAAGAAAAAACAGACCCAAAUACAGCAAAGUUUGAAGAAGGAAACAUCAUACUUGAAGAAUUGUUAAUGAAUUGUAAUUUAAACGAAUUUGAAUAUUUAACAAACUUGCCUUUGAGUGUUGACUGCAAAGAUUCAAAACUAAAUGGAAAAACAACUUCCACAGAGGAAAUUGAAAAAACAGUUGUGGCUUUAGAAACACAAUUAGAGGAACAUAAGGCACUUUUGAAUAAAUAUAUUGCAGAGAAUCCUAAUCACCUUGAAAAUAAUCAGUGUGGUUCAUUGAUGAAAAAAUUGACGUGUUCAGUUCAAGUUCUGCUUGGAGAUCUUGCGCAACUACAAACAACGUACCAACAAACUCAUGACAUUAAUUAUGAAACUUACUGCAGAAAAUCGACACUUAAAUUCACACGCUUGGGGGACACAAUGCAUCAUCUACAGCGAAAAGUGGAAACUUUUCUAAAGAUGAUGAGUGAAAUGAAAGAAAUGCAAAGAAAACAUGAAAAUGUUACAACAGAACUUUUACCAGCUACUAAUGUCACCUGAAAAUCGGUACAUGAGCUUUGACCAAACUACUCACUUUUUCUUCUGUUUAUUCAAUGUACAGUUUAAUCUUCUUGUGCGAUUGAAAAUUUAAUAAAAAAAUUAUGGAUCUGAAAUGUAA